CUGUAAUCACAUGACUUCGAUUUUUGUUUUUAGAGCGUUGUUGGCUGCAGAUUAACAACAUUAGCUUACACAUUUCAAAAGAAACUGCGAAACAUUGGUACAGUGGUGACAAACUAGGUCCGAUAUGGAGAAGAUUUUAUUGCUGUCAGCGUUAUUAGGAUUGUUAGCUUCUACUACUGCUUAUGCACCAAACUGGGAAUCUCUAGAUAAUAGACCAUUACCGCAAUGGUAUGAUGAAGCAAAACUAGGUAUUUUCAUUCAUUGGGGGGUAUUUUCCGUACCGAGUUAUUCUUCAGAAUGGUUUUGGUGGAGCUGGAAAGGACAGCAUAUACCGGCAUUACAGUUCUUUAUGGAUGAGAAUUACAGACCAGACUUUACAUAUGCAGACUUUGCUCCAAUGUUCACUACUGAGUUCUUUUCUCCUGCACAAUGGGCGGCUUUGUUCAAUGCCUCAGGGGCUGAGUAUGUGGUUUUAACCAGCAAACAUCAUGAGGGUUUUACCAACUGGCCAUCCAAACAUUCUUUUAAUUGGAAUUCCAUGGAAGUUGGCCCAAAAAGAGAUUUAGUUGGUGAAUUGGCUGAUGCUAUAAGACAGAAUACCAAUAUUCAUUUUGGACUGUAUCAUUCUUUGUUUGAAUGGUUUCAUCCUUUAUAUCUGAAAGACAAAGCUGCUAAAUUUAAAACACAAGAUUUUGUAGCAAGUAAAACAUUACCCGAGUUGUAUGAGAUUGUGAAUGCCUAUAAGCCUGAAGUUAUAUGGUCUGAUGGUGACUGGGAAGCCAACAGCACUUAUUGGAACUCAACAGAAUUUCUAGCUUGGCUGUACACUGAUAGUCCUGUUAAAGACACUGUUGUUACAAACGACAGAUGGGGCAAGGACGCAACUUGCAAACAUGGUGGAUAUUUCACCUGUCAAGAUAGAUUUAACCCAGGUGUUGUACAGAAAAGAAAAUUUGAAAAUGCCAUGACGAUUGAUAAAUAUUCAUGGGGUUACCGUAGAGAUGCUAGAUUAUCUGAUUAUUUGACUAUAGAAGAAUUGUUGAAAACCUUUGUUGAAACUGUCAGCUGUGGUGGAAACAUGCUAAUGAAUAUUGGACCAACCAAAGAAGGAACUAUAGCACCAAUAUUUCAAGAGCGAUUAUUACAGAUGGGUAGCUGGAUGACUGUUAAUGGAGAGGGUAUCAGAGCUACCCAUCCUUGGAAACACCAAAAUGAUACUCUAACAAAAGGAGUGUGGUAUACUGAGAAAAGAGACAGCACAGGAGGACUUAAUGUGUACGCCAUUAACUUAAACUGGCCAACUGGUAUGACUCUUAGUCUUGGCGUACCAAUGCCAACAACAAGUACAGAGGUCACACUUUUAGGAUAUCCUGUACCAUUUAAAUGGCAAAAACGGAGCACUGGUGGCAUCGACAUCCUAAUUCCUAAAAUUGGUUUUAAUGAAAUGCCAUGUAAAUGGGCUUGGACAUUUAAACUCACAAAUUUAAUGAAUUAAAGAUCAGUAUGAGGUAGAUUUUUUUGUUGAAAAAAAUAACAAAACUAAACCCUGUUAUUGGUUGUAGAAUUGGAAUUCUGAAUAUUUACCCAAUUUCUUACUUAGGAUUAAUGUUUCAUUUUUUUUAACUUUUCUUUAUUUUAAGAUAACAUGUUUUAGGUUGAAUAUCACAAUAGUGUCAUUGACUCUGUUGAAAGUAUGUGUUAUUUUUUAACUUGUAAUCUCAUUUAUGGUAUUUGCCUUUUCACAGAGUUUUGUUAUAUAUAAAUCAUUCCAAUAAAGGUAAAUUAAUAUCAGGUGCAAUAUUAUGAUCAUAACUAUUUAUUUAAUCCACUAGACCACAAGUGGCCUUAAUUUUUUAAUAAAUUAUAAGAGGCAGUCAGAGAGAAAACUACCAUAAAAUGAAAGACAAAAUCGAGAGAAAUGGAAAUAAAUAGACUUCUUAAAUGGGGAAUGAUCAAAUUAAGAAUACUCAAUCGUGAAGUAGGAAGUAGUAUCAGGUGUGGCAGAGGGAGUAAGCAUACGCUGCCACACAUGCAACACCCGCCAUAUUAACUAUAAAUCAUUUCAACAGGUCUAGUAAAAUAGCAUCCACAAAAGUGGAAAUUCUAGAGAUAUUUCAGUUUAGUGGAGAGAUGCCAUAGAUUCCACUACAUUUUAUGAAAAUUACAACAAAGACUGCAAUAAAAUAGCACUUGCCAUAUUAGAUUAAUAUUUUAUAAUUUGUAUAUAUAUAGGGUUAGUAUUCAUUAUUAAUAAUACUGUAACCAGUGUAAUAUCUAUAAUAUUUUGUAUGUGAAAUAUAUUGAUGUAUAUUUUGUGUUUUUAUUUAUAUUAGAUUUAAAGAAUUUGUCUCACUGUAGUGUUUUGUUAAUUGGUCAUUAACAUUUGUACAUUGUACAUUUUUUGGCAUAUGAAAUAAAUUCUCAUACUGUGUUAUAUUUUAUAAUAUACUGUUUAACAGAUGUAAAUAAUACUUUUAUCAUUAAUUUACAUACUUAGCAUAAUGUAAUCUAACUUAUAAUAGAAAGCUUAAUAUUAAUGAAUUUUUUGUGUUAUAAAGCUAUUAACUUUUUAA